AUGAGCAUGAUGAGCGACACUCUCAUGGGUCCAACUCGGGUCAAGCUGGAGGAUCUGCCUCAGCGGCCCACACUCCCGACUGCGCUGCCAUCUAGCCGAGUGCUGCGUCUGUCAGCGGGGCAGAUGGAACUGCUUGGCGGCGGCGCCGAGGGACAGCGGCGCAGCAGCGGCACGCCGCCCGCCCCGCUCGGCGUGCAGCUCUGUGGGUGGGGAGGGGCGGCAGGGGCAGAGGAUCCGGCGCCGCUGGAGGAGGGAGCGGCGGCGGCGGCGGCGGCAGCGGCGGCGACAGCAAGGGCGGUGUUGGCGGCGCGUGCUGAGCCGGCGGGAGCCGAGCCGGCGGCCACGACGCCCGCCUUGACCCCGGCGGUGGCGACAGAGGCGGAGGGGCUGAAGCUGCACCUCUCCAGCAGCAGCGCCACCGGCUACAAGGGCGUGCGCGAGCAUCUCUCUGGCCGCUUCGAGGUGCGGUACACGGCGAACGGGCGGCCGGUCACCUUCGGCUGCUUCGACACGGCGGUGGAGGCGGCGGUGGCGUACGCGCGGGCGGUCGAAGAGGUGGCGGCGGCGGCGACAGCGGCGGCGGCGGCGACAGCAGGGGCGGUGGUGGCGGGCGCUGAGCCGGCGGGAGCCGAGCCGGCGGCCACGACGCCCGCCUUGACCCCGGCGGUGGCGACAGAGGCGGAGGGUUUGAAGCUGCACCUCUCCAGCAGCAGCGCCACCGGCUACAAGGGCGUGCGCAAGCUGCCCUAUGGCCGCUUCCGAGCGGAGCGCAGGGUGGGUGGAAGGCUGGUCACCCUCGGCUGCUUCGACACGGCGGUGGAGGCGGCGGUGGCGUACGCGCGGGCGGUCGAAGAGGUGGCGGCGGCGGCGACAGCGGCGGCGGCGGCGACAGCAGGGGCGGUGGCGGCGGGCGCUGAGCCGGCGGGAGCCGAGCCGGCGGCCACGACGCCCGCCUUGACCCCGGAGGGCGAGGAGGAGGGGGAGGACGAGGACGAGGAGGCUCUGGUGGCGGAGACACGCUUGUCUGCGCCGCCAAAGAGCUUCGAGUGGGACGUGACCAACUACUCGCUGCUGUCUGGCACGGGGUCGGAGGCUGACGCGGCCGUUCUGUGGUCGCACUCUGGCCGCUCACGCUCGGCCUCGACCUGCCAGCUCCGCGUCAAGAUGGAGCGGCCGCCGCUGCAGGUGUGGCGCGAAGACGGCGGGCCGCUGCCCGAGCGCGCCGCCGUCCUCCUCUCCGCCGUCACCGUCGACGUCGCCUGCGAAGCGGCCACCUCGUGCGGGCUCGAGGGAGGCACGCUUCGGCCGCUCGUGUCGGGGUCAGCCUCCUUCACCUCGCUCUCGUUCAAGACGACCUCGUACAACCUCAAGGGGCGGCACAUGCACCUGAUGGCGUCGCUGCUCGUCCCGCGCGUAGAGGCGACCGCCGCGGUGACCGACGUGAGGGCGCGCGCCGCGUCGCCGGCGGCUGCGAAGGCUGCGAUGACGCUCGCUGCUGGCGCCGCGGGCAUGCCGCUGCCAAGCACGCCCGACGCGGCGGCCGUGGUGAUGGUCCAAGCUCCUCCGCAGACGGACCCGCAGCGGCUGAGUGCGGCCAUGUGCAUCGCGGCGGCGCUCAUCUCGCCGCCGAUCCGGGUGGACGCGAGGAAGAGGACCCCGAAGGAGCGCGCGGGCAGCAAGGCGGCGGGCGGCGGUGCCAGCCGGGCGGGGGGCGGGGGAGGCGGCGGCGGCGGCGGCGGCGGCGUCGCGGCGCACUUGCCGUUUGCGCCGGACAAGCUCGACCGCGUGCUGGAGAAGGUGGACAAGGGCCUCGUGCGGCAGCCGAUCGACAACUCCAUCGAUGGGCUGCGCAACUACCUCUCUGCGGUCAACAUCCGCAACAAGUGCAAGCACCCGCUCUUCCUCGCCCUCCGCUUCGACGCAUGCAUCGGCCUGCUCUACGACUCCUCCCGCGCCGCAAACCCGGCGCACACCCGGCGACUCCUCGAGAAGGCGGCGGACCUCGCCGCCGACGAGCCGUUCGAGAGGAUGAUGGCGGUGCUGACCGCGACCGAGGACCGGCCCCUCCGCCUCGAGGCGUACCAGGAGGCGGCCCUCAAGGCGCAGCUCGAGCCGGAGCAGGCUCUCCGCCUCUCCUGCAGAGAGCGACCUCCGCGAGUUGUCCCUGAGUCGCACCACGAGCACGACGCCGCAGACGGCAUACCGCCGCCGGCGAGGCUCAUCAACGACCUGGUCGCCACCUACUUGCCCGAGUACGUGAUCGCCGUCAAGUCGCACCACGGCAGCGGACCGUGCGGCCUCGCCGACUGCCCCGUCCGCCUCUCGGCCGCUCUCUCGCUGCCGCAUUGCGACGCCCUCCCCUCCACCUACACGCUGAUGAGCGCGCAAGAGCUCGGCGUGCUGCGCCGCACCUACUGCCGGCUGCAUUGCGCGAGCGAGUGCGCCGCAAAGGCGGUCGGCGCCCCCGCGCCCGCCGCGCCGCCGCCGCCGUGGGCCGCCCCGGCCCCGGCGUCCCAGCUGGCCGACAACCAGCGCCCGCCGGCGAUCCAGUACGGAGGCCUUGCGACCGUCCUGCCUUGCGGCGAGGCUGGCGCAUCGUACGCCGCCUUCGCACCCGACGGGCUCAUCUCGGACCACACGACCGAGCAUUUGCUGCAGCCGUGGCGCACGGGCGACUCCCAGACUCACCGCCCUCGCCCCAGCUGCUCACCCGCUGCUCUUUCCGCCGUCAGGCACCGCGCCUCGGGGAGGACAUACGGCCCUACGUCGGUCGGCUGGUGGGGGGACGCGUCGGGCGCGAACCUCGCGGGCAGCCGCGGGCAUCGGCUGGCGAUGGAGGUUCGGCAGGAGGUCAGCAGCUCGCUCAGCUCCCACUCUCACUCAUGCCCUGAGGAGGAGUGGGAGCGAACCCUCGUCGUCCUCGCCUCGGCGAUGGCCUUCCACUGCCGCUCGACCGGCGUCACCGCCGCAGAGCUCUCCGCCUUUGCGCGCAGCGGCGGGUACGGCGCGCAAGCCUCUAGAUGUGCAGGCACCGGAGGCACCGAGGACCUGUCCCGCAAGCGACCCGCCACCCAGGCCUCGCUCCACAUGGGCCAGGGCCCGCCGCAGUACGGCGGGACGCCGCAGCACAAUGGCGGCGGCGGGGGCGGCGGCACCACCACGCCGCUCCACUACCAGUACCCGCACCGCGCCUUCCCGCACCCGCCGGGCGUCUGCCCGCCCGGCAUGGGCCCCACCGCCGAGGCCACCUUCGGGGAGGGCGGGGCGAUGGACUGCGACGGCGUGGCGCAGGAUUGGGGGGACGACUUCCUGGGCCGCGUGUGA